GAUGUGUUGGUGGUGAACUGCUCGACAGACUUCAUGUCCUCUCACCAGGUGCUAGCCACCUGCCGGACGGCGCUGAAGAAGCAAGGGGUUGUGGGAUUGAACAUGGCUCCGUGCAUGAGAGCCUUCCUGGAGAGGCUGCCUGUUAUGCUGCAGGAGCAGUACUCAUACGAGAAGCCCCACGUCGUGUGUGGAGAACAGCUAGUCCACAGCCCCUACAUGCAGUGCCUGGCCUCCCUGGCCGUGGGGUUACACCUGGAUCAGCUCCUGUGCUCCCCUCCCGUCCCCCCCCACCUCCGCCUCUGUCCCCUGGAGCCAGCCACCUGUACCUGGUCACCCGGCGAGUGGGCGUGGCUAGACUGCUUCUCCACCACGGUGAAGGCAGCGGAGGCCCUGGCUCGGGGCAACACGUUCCCAGAGGCCUUUGCUGUUCCCGACCUGGAGCCUGUAACCAAGGAGGAGAUGGUCCUUCUCAUGGACAACAGUACAUGGGGUUCUGGUAUGGAUGAACAGAUCAUGUCGUGGGCCACCUCCAGACCUGAGGACUGGCACCUGGGAGGGAAGUGUGAUGUGUUUCUGUGGGGAGCUGGUCGACACGGACAGCUGGCAGAGGCUGGCAGAAACAUCCUGGUGCCCACCAACGCACCCUCCUUCUCACAGGCACAACAGGUGGUGUGUGGUCAGAACUGUACGUUUGUGAUUCAGGCUAACGGGACAGUGUUAGCCUGUGGGGAGGGCAGCUACGGCAGACUGGGUCAGGGCAACUCUGAUGAUCUGCAUGUCCUCACCGUCAUCUCAGCCCUGCAAGGCUUUGUGGUGACCCAGCUGGUGACGUCGUGUGGCAGCGACGGUCACUCCAUGGCGCUGACAGAGAGCGGCGAGGUGUUCAGCUGGGGAGACGGAGAUCUCUACUGUAAUAGGGAAGCUGGGACACAGAACGAGUUCUACAAAUGUCCUGCGGGUUCAAGCACUCCCGCGGUGGUGACCGCUGAUGGGAGGCUGUUCUCCUUUGGGAACGGGGACUAUGGCAGGCUUGGGCUGGGAAGCACCUCCAACAAGCUCCCUGAGAAGGUCACUGCGUUGGAGGGGUACCAGGUUGGACAGGUGGCGUGUGGUCUGAAUCACACCGUAGCCGUCUCCGCCGAUGGAAUGAUGGUCUGGGCCUUCGGAGACGGAGACUACGGGAAACUGGGCCUGGGGAAUUCUACCGCCAAGUCCUCACCUCAGAAGGUGGACGUUCUCUGUGGCCUCGGCAUCAAGAAGGUGUCCUGUGGAACUCAGUUCUCUGUUGCCCUCACUAAAGAUGGCAACGUGUACACGUUCGGACAAGACCGACUGAUAGGGCUGCCGGAAGGCCGGGCCAGGAACCACAACCGUCCCCAGGUGGUGCCAGCUCUGUCUGACGUGUUUAUACAGGAUGUGGCUUGGGGGCCGAACACACAUCCACAGGAUGUGGCUGUCAGGGGACAGGUAGAAUACAACACACACUGGUCCUGUCCUCCACCGGAGAGGUCUAUACCUGGGGCAGCAACUCAGAGGGACAGGUAG